AGCUGCGUCAUUCCGCGCGAGAUCCAUAGGAAAGACACGCGAGGCUAGUGACUUGGUGGUUUUCAUUUAGCGUCAACCAGGUACCUUUCCUUCCUGCUACACUAACAGUUGUGGCACGCUGUAACGAGAUUAUCAGAAGAGGACUUCAACUGGCACAACAAUAGUCGGGAAAAAAGCAGUACAAGAGAAAAGUGAUAGAAAUGCAGUCAGCCAGUGCUAAGUGGUAUGACAGAAGGGAUGCAGUCUUUGUGGAAUUUUGUGUAGAAGACACUAAAGAUCUCCAAGUAAAAUUCGAGCCAUCAAAACUUAUUUUCAGCUGUGUUGGGGGAACAGAUAACGCUAAACACCUAAAUGAAGUUGAUCUCUUUGGGGCGAUUGACCCAAAUGACUCAAAGCACAAGCGCACAGACAGGUCUGUGUUGUGUUGUCUACGGAAGUCUGAGGUUGGGAAGUCAUGGCCUCGAUUAACAAAAGAAAAGGCAAAGCUCAAUUGGCUUAGUGUGGACUUCAAUAACUGGAAAGACUGGGAAGAUGACUCGGAUGAAGAAUUCUCCAAUUACGAUCGCUUCUCAGAGAUGAUGAACAGCAUGGGAGGGGAAGAUGAUCUACCAGAUGUGGAUCCUGCAGAUGAUGAGGACUCUGCCGAUAGUGAUGAUGAAAAUAGAGGCUGGAAGAAGGAAGCUGCAGAUUAAAGCAGAGUUUGAAUUGUUGGUCAUUGAAUAAAGCAGCAACUCCCUGGACUACAGCUGUAUCUUGUGUUCGACUGUUCCCCUCUACCAGCCUGACGUUGAGGUGAAAGGCGUUAGCCCUGCCGUUCCUGUCUUAUAACUUCGGUCCUGCUAUGGUCUGGACCUGAAUCUGGAAAGGACCAGUUAUUUCUCUAACAUUCACAAAAUUUCAUUUUGUUUACUUUUCCUCAACUACCACAGUGACGUGUAGAUCUACACUGACACCAGUGCACACAGUAUAAACGAUAUAAAUGCUAAACUUGAAUGCCACUUGCAUGGGUCAGGUAAAGUUGUUGUAUAUUCAACGCAGAUCCACAAAUCCUGCUAGGAUUAUGUCCUUACAGUUAGAGGUGCAGGACUGAAUUAAGUGUACCAGUGGCACAUGAAGGCAAUUGAAAGCGCACCGCUACACUGCUACCUGUAGGGGAAACAGUGGGUAUUGCAAAAUAAAAUAUUGUGCAAUAAGUGUAUCUUUUAUUUUUCUUACACCCUACUUUUUACUGUGUUGUCCAGAACCGUAGUGUCAUUCUGUUCACCAGCCAGCAGCAUAAUACAGUUACAUUCAAACCAAGAUGCCACUGAUAGCAAAGUUACUUUGCUGUUCUGAGUGCAUAGAUCUCAUUUGUAGAUUCACCAGACAGCCAAGAUGGGGCCUCGUAUGAACAUGCAGAGAAGCUUCCUGUUGUUGAAGUUAAAAUAGUUAAUUUCCUUCAGUACAGUUAAUGGAGUAUUAACAAACAAUUUUUUGUUAAUACUCCAUUAACAAAAUUGUUUUUAUGUAAUGGACUCAUUCACCAUUUGUGUGUCCAUGACUUGGGGAAAUGAAGCAUACAUGUUUACUGCAUGUUUUUUUGUUGUUGUUGAGCAGUGUUUGCAUUUGUAUUAACUCUGCAUUAGGAAAGGCAGUACUGCAAUAAGUCAUUCAAAUAAAAUGGCAACUGAUUGUGCAAACACUGUGUUUGCUGAACCUCCAUGUUCAUAAAAGUGGUGUUUAGUGGGUUGCAGAGUGAGAAAGCAAUAAUUCACAGUGGGCAAAGAGUGCACCAACAAGCCAUUCUCAGUGUGUAAGACGCAUACUUCUCAAUUGCAAAUAUCUUUACUGUCUGCCAUUUCAGACAUAAUCACUAGCUUAUGGUACGUCUGUUCCCUGACUCAGUGAGCUCAAACUAACAUACAUGGCUCCACAAAACACUAUUUAGUCAGAUCAGAAUACACAGAUGCCUGUUCAAAACUCCAUAAAUGACAUUGUUCUUUUCUUCUCUGCAGAGAUGCCUGACCUGGAGUAAUGAAAGUCAUGAUGAAGUCUGUGUAAUACUUGGAAGCAAGGACUGUCACAUAAUGUCAAUUGGUAAAAAAAAAAAAGAUUAGGG